GCGCCGCCGCACCGCGGGCGCCGACGGGAGGCCCGCUUUCGCCGGCGGCCCGAGCCAGAGCUGGCGAGACGACGCCUUCUUCGGGUGGCUGCCCGGCCGAGGGCCCGACGCGGAGGGCAAGCACCAGCUUCACCGGCCCCUGGAGCAGGCCCGCCUCAAGCGGCUGCCCUCCUUCUCGGAGCAGGCGGCGCUGGGCAUCACCGGGCACGGCAUCGGGCUGCUCAGGGUGUGGAUCAACGGAGCCGCCGGCCUCCGGUACGACGCGAUGUCGGGCCUGCGCGGGAAGCCGAGCUCGUGCGUGAAGGUGAAGGUUGGCAGCAAGGAGCAGCUCACAGCCACGGUGAGCGCGGACUCCGACCCUCGCUGGAACUCCCCCGUCAUGACCUUCGAGGUGGAGUCCAGGGCCAGCACGCUCACGCUGGAGGUCUGUUCGUGGACUCCACUCCUGGAGUUCCUCAGCUACGGGGUAGCCAGUGCCAUCGCGGCUGUCCUGCACCACCUGGGUCAGAGCGCCGCGGCGACCCACGGGACCGCCGCCGCUCGGGCCAGACAACAAAUUCCAGACUGUCAGUUCAGAGGGGCGUUCACCAGUGGCAAUUACGCGUACCUCACGCCUUACUUCAAAGGCAAUGCUGGGUGGGGCGGCGUGCUCGUGCGGUUGGACCUCUCGGAUUUCUCGACGGUGGAAUCGCUGGACCUGAGGACAAUCGACAGCGACCUGCAGUAUUUUGAAGGAGGAUUUGCUCAUGGCGACUACGGGUACCUGGUUCCAACAUCAACCACAGGGUGGACAAUAUCAUACGACGUCAGAAUGGGCAAAGUCGUCAGAUUCAGCUUGUCAGAUUUCAGCCUCAGCACCGUGCAAGUCCUCGACCUUGCGCAGACCGACGCCACUCUGAAAGGGUUCAGCGGUGGGUUUACCGAUGGCGCGUGGGGUUACAUGGUGCCGUGGUACCCUGCCACCACCGCUGGCCGGAUCCCCAUCUAUUCUGGCAAAGUGGCUCGGUUCAGCCUGGCAGAUUUCAGCACGGUGCAGGUGCUCGACUUAGAGGCGAUCGACCCGAGCCUUGAGGGUUUCUACAAGGGGUUCUUCGCUGGCGGUUGGGGGUAUUUACUCAAAUCCAGGACUGGUGGCGCGGGUGAUGGGAAAAUGGUUCGAUUCAGCGUGGCAGAUUUUAUUCGAGACUGGAAGUGCUCGACCUGA